AUGCCAGUCGUGUCUGGCAGCGAACCUACUACUCCCAACUCAUCAAAGAAAUCAAUCAUGUCUGGCAGUGGACCCACUUCCCUCAGCCCAUCAAAGAAAUCAAUAAUAGCUCAAAUUAUAAUGUCGGAAUGGAUAGAUGCACCUUCAAGGGAUGGAAUAAAGAACUGGCCUUUGGAUUCAUCCUCGUUUUACAUACGAGAUGCUCCUUAUGCUGAUGCCGUCUGGCAUCAGGAGUACAGGUGGGAUUGGGCCUUAAGAAAGUACGAGACUCGAUCUUAUUGGGCUCCAAAAGACUUCGUCUAUCCGGCUUCCUGUAAAACUCCGAUAGAGGAGCCAAUGGAGAAAAUCGUGGGGGUGCUGGGUGUAAACACUACUGAAGUUCCAUUUAUUUUGCUUCCCGGAGUACCACCGAAGGAAGGAUUUCGGCCAAAAAGUAAGGCCGUCCAAUUGGUAUUUGAGCAAAAAUACCAAUUGGAGUGGGAAACUCCAGAGCUAAAUCAAUACAAUUGGGAUUUGCGCUGGAAUCUGGAUUUACAAACAAUAUGGUUUCCUUGUUAAAAGAUU